CAAGUUGGCACCCCUGUCAGCUCAAGAAAGAAAAGGGGACACAUAAUCGGCCCUGCGCAGUAACGAUGACUAGAGGCCGGGCUAGUCGGCUGCAGGCACGACGAACUCCAGCCUUCCCUAGAAAAACACAGGAGCUACAGAGGACCCCCCUGGAAAAUGCGCACCGACCCCCAACCCACUUCUCAACACUGGAAAGAAGGCAGGAGAUGGUUUCGCCACUGGGACGCCCAGUGAGGCCCAAGUACCCGCAGCAAUGCCUCGCCAACCCCACCCGCUCGAGAACUAGAGAGGCGGUGUGCCUUGUCUCUCUCUUUCUUGGCCGCUGCACAGCGCCGGGUGCCUGGAGCACCUCGCCCGUGCAGGGCCUCACCAGCAAGCCCUCGCUCCCUGCCAGCUUUGGGGAGGUAGGAGAAAGGGGAAAGGAGGGGAUCGCCCUGGCUUGGCCACCGAGGCCACGCAGCGAUUCUCGACCCCCUAGUUCCAGGCGUAGCCCGCUUACAAGUUUACGGCUCUGGGGGCCGAGAAAAGCGAGCUGCUUCCACCCUCACAAACCCCGGACGACGAGGAGGAAGGAGGCCCCUUAUGAGAUAAGGACCAAAAGCCCUCUGCAAACCAGCUUCACCUGUAUCUUUCCACUUAGAGGUCAACUAAUUAUGCAAAGCCUGGAGGGACACCCCACGGCUAGACAAUCAAAGAGGCAAAGUGAACAAAUAACUGUUUCUUAUUUAGACUGAGCACCAGAUUCCUUGACGGAUAAAAAACAUAAUGGAUCCUAGCAGCAAUUACCACUUCCUUCAUGACAUCCUGAGGAAAACUGUGAAAAUCACACUGAAAUGUGGCACAUUCCAAGGGGUGCUGCAACAUGUGGAUUCCAGCCGAAGCAUCUUUCUGAACAGAGUUAAGAACUUGGAAAGUGGCAGAUACGUACCAGGAGUAAAGAUGUUCUUUGGCCAUGAAAUUGUCAAUGUGGAAUUAAUUGAUGAUUCGGAACAACAUGCUGCAGAAGGAAAGACAACUCCUACCAGGGAAGCUCCAUCUAUCCAAGUGUCUGCAGCGGACAAAGGAGAACCACGGAAGCGGAACACACAGAAUCCUGAUUCUCUUUCUCAGGACACUCAUCAGCUCAAGCUGGGUAACUUCAGGUACAACUUUUCAGAUCAAGACAAAGGGGAGGAUAUAGAAUAUGUUGUUGUUGAUCAAUUUCAGAAGCAGUUUGGUUCUGCAAUGGUGCACAUCAAAAAGCAGAAUGUUUGUAGUGUAGCAGCAGAGGGUGUCAAUUUGUGUCGCCAUGGAAAACUCUCUUGGUUGCAGAUUGCAACGAAGAGCAAGGUUUUCUUGUUUGACAUUUUCCUUCUGGGAGCUCGAGUGUUCAAGAACGGACUCCAAAUGAUACUAGAAGAUCAGAAUAUUUUGAAAGUUAUCCAUGACUGCCGGUGGCUUUCAGAUUGUCUUUCUCACCAGUAUGGAGUUAUGCUCUCCAAUGUCUUUGAUACACAGGUUGCUGAUGUCUUGCAGUUCUCAGUGGAAACAGGUGGCUUCCUUCCUCACUGUAUCAGCUCUCUACAAGACUGCUUAAUGCGAUACUUGGGGAUGCCCUACAGAUGCAUCUCUUUCAUGGAACAAAGGCAGCGUGUGAUUGAGGAAAACCCCGAGAUAUGGUUUGUGCGACCCCUUCCACCUGCAUUGCUGAAAGUGUUAGCUCUGGAGGCAGCAUACCUCCUCCCUCUCCGCAUGCUGCUACUCGAUGAAAUCAUGUCUGACUUAACAACUUUGGUGGAUGGAUAUUUAAAUGCCUUUCGGGAAGGAUCUGCAGAUCCACUGGGGAGCACAGAGAUAUCCUGUAUGGAGCUACCACAAGAGCUUAGACAACUGUCAGAUUUUUACAAGGAACGAAGAAAGAGGGCAAUGCAGAACUUCCAGCUGAAUGAGGAAGGUCUCCUCAUCAGAAAGCAAUUAGAAACUAUGGGAAGAAGGGUAGCAAAGGCGAAAGAAAACCAGAGAGAUAGUACUGGCUUAUUUCUUUCUAGUAGGGCAGUAUCCCCUAAAACUACCAGUCCUCUCCACCUCUUGGGUCAAGAUGUUCAGGACAACUCUGAAAAAGAAGACCGGCAGGCAAAUCAUUGUAAUAAUCAAUGGGCGACAGUUGGUGCGAGUAAUGUUGAAUCUGAAGCAGAAGCAAGACGUUCCGUUUGCUGUAAAUCAGUACUGGGAGCAUCUGAGGUGAAAGGAAGAAAACCAUCUCCAGUGUUCAAACCACAAACAAAGGUAGAUUUGACGUUAGAAGAGGAAAUAAAGGAAUUGUUGACAGAAGGCAAGAAUGAAGACAACAAAUCUGCUGUUUCUGCCCUUUCACCUCCAAAAGCAAACAAUUCUAGGAUCCCAUUUCAAGCUGUAAAGCAAUCUAGCCAAACCCUGUCUAAUGCUGCCAUGAGUAGAAAUCCCUCUUCUCAAACAACUCGUGAUUACUGUCUCCAGGUUCCCACAAGACAGAAGAAUGGGGGGAAGUGAUUUGGCGGUUCACUUUGUCUUGCCUUCAGAUUUCAACUGUCAGCUGCCAGCCCCAAGCCCUGGAGGCAAGGAGCAGAAAUUGUUUCCUUUUCAAAUUCUUUAUUGGAAGACUUCCAUUAAUGGAGCAAAUUCUGGAGGCGGCUGGACACAAUACCCUUCAUGUUGUAUGCAGUUUCCUGCUCCUAUAAACACAAUUGAUGUUACUGGUGUUAAUUCUACCUCUGUAGUCUUGAGUUCAGUAUUUUUUCCAGAUUAUUCCAAAGAACCAUUGAUUUUCAUUCUAUUUGAAUGUUCCAAUUAUCCAACUAAACCUAAAGUUCAUGUAUGUGCUUCUUGUAUUGUUAACUUCAUGACAAAGGGGGAAGGAGCCCCCAACCCUUUCAUGAUGAUUUUUAAAAAAACAAAACCAACAACAUAGAAACACAAAUCAUCUGCAGAAUUGUUAGCUGUUCCCCACUGCUCCUCAAUACAGUAUUUGCAGUAAUAUCUUUGGAACAAGUUUUCCAUUCUGGAUCGCAAAAUUCUCCCUAGAGCAAUAUAGAAAGUUAUUUAUUGCACCAAGUACCCAUAAAUAAUAGCAUUAUUUGUACAACAUAGUCUACAAAGGAACAGCAAACAUUUUAAAGCAGCUCAAUCCUAACCACGUUUACUCCGAAGUUCAAUUAUCAGUUGGACAUGUGAUGCAGUACAGAAUAACUGUGUUCUAGGUUUCAAAAGGUGGUUGUUGUUGUUCAGUCGUUUAGUCCUGUCCGACUCUUCGUGACCCCAUGGACCAGAGCACGCCAGGCAC